AUGAAUAAUAUAUCUAUAUUUUUACCAGAUCCUUCUUCAAUCACAUUUCCAGGUUUAAAAGAAAAAAUCAACCAAAGUUCUAAAAAAAGAAUCCGUGACCAGAGCAAUGAUUCAUUUAGUAGCAAUUCCAAAAAUGGCAAUGGUGAAAACAAUAAACAAAGUCAUCAUCAAGGACAUAAUAUGGACAAGCCAACUGCUCAAGUAUAUAGAAUUAGAUUAGUAGAGUCAACAACUGUACCAGUUCAAAAUGAGUAUGCAAGCUAUUAUGAAGUCAUUGGAAGACUUGUGAGUGUAACAAGCCAUUACUCUCAGUUGAUAAGAGAUUUAGAUAAUAAACUUAAAUUAUCAAAAAAAAAAAGUCUUGAUAAUAAACCACUAAAAAUCUCAAAAACCACUAAACAACAAGUAUCUCGCCAACAAACUCUUCAAACUACACUUAGAGCAGCAGAUUUCAAAAAAAUUGUAAUAGAGGAUUUAAUAGAUGCAUUUGUUGGAGGCAUCAUUCCACAAGCUCCAACUCUAAGACAAAUAUAUCCAAAUGUUUUCAAAAGACAUUUUUCUUCUCUUAAGUUGCUAUUUGAUUCCAAACCAGUUUCUAUCAUUAUGGAUGAAAGUUUAGAUGAUUGUGCUUGUAGUGUGGUGAAUACUAUUUUUGCAUACCACAAUUACACCAAGCUUGUUUCAGUUGAUUUUUUAGAUGAAGUCAAUAAUUCAACAAUUGGUCAGACUCUUUUUUACAUCUUAGCAAAAUACAAUAUACCUUUUGAUAAACCAAUUGUUUUUUUGUCAGAUUCUGCUGCAUAUAUGAAAAAAAGUUUUCAUGAG